AUGCAAUCGCUGGGUCCGGCCUUUGUAAAACUCUGCCAAUGGGUGGCAACUCGGCGCGAUAUUUUUCCUCCGCACGUAUGUGAUCGUCUGUCUAGUUUACACGAUCGUGGCAUUCCACAUUCGUGGAAAUACACCGAUCAAAUAUUGAGAGAAUCAUUCGGGAGUGGUUAUGAAACUCGUGGCUUAAAGGUAGACAGCCAAAGCGUAAUUGGUUGUGGAUCAGCUGCGCAAGUGUAUAGCGGCACGUUGUCAACUACGCUGAAAGAUGGAACGGAGGAAAGAACGCCCGUUGCCAUCAAGGUUUUGCACCCUCGCUUUGCUCAGUUGGUGGAACGAGACUUAUGGUUUAUGCAAUCAAUUGCAGAUCUAGUGCACAGUUUGCCCUUUCAACAUAUCAAAAUGGUGAAUCUACCGCGAGCUACGCAAAACUUUGGCGCAGUAUUACAGCGACAAGCCGACCUGCGGAUAGAAGGGAAUAAUUUGAAAACAUUUCGGAACAACUUUUACAGAAAUCGAGAAGAUGAAUACAACUCUGCCAUACUUUUCCCCAAGCCAGUGGACGAGUGGACGACAAGGACAAUCUUGGUUGAGGAUUUAGUCCGAGAUGCGACUCCGAUUUCGGACUACUUGCGGGAUUCGUCGGAUUCAGGGAAAGAAAUACGGAAGGAGUUGGCUGGACCUUUGCUACGUGGCUUUCUCAAGAUGGUCUUUCUUGACAAUUUUGUACAUUGUGACUUGCAUCCUGGCAAUGUGCUUAUUCAAACGUCGCAGGUUAAGCCAGAACCACCGACAUUUCUUGGAUUUCCUCUUAAUCCCUUCUCGGACACGGGAGAGAAAUUUGAAAUAAAGCGAAGUAUUGUCUUUCUGGAUGCUGGUAUCGCCACGUCUCUAAGUUCAAAUGAUCAGCGUAACCUGAAAGACCUCUUCCGUGCCGUCAUUACCAAUGACGGCGAGCGAGCAGGACGUCUUAUGGUGGAACGAGCCAAAUUUGAGCGUUGUAGCCUAGUGGAAGGCGGAGUCGACGCGUUUGCAGGUGGGAUUCAGGAACUGGUUUCGGAAUUUCACGAUAGGCGAAAAGAAGGGUUGACACUUGGAGCUGUGCGUAUUGGAUCACUCCUUAGCCGCGUGCUGGAUCUCUGUCGCGUGCAUGGAGUGGAAAUUGAUCCGGCCAUGGCAAGCAUUGUUAUUAGCACACUGGUUUUGGAAGGUUUGGGACGGUCAUUGGAGCCCAGCCUGAAUUUGAUUGACUUUGCUCUUCCAUUCGUACUAGGUCGAGGACGUGUAUAG